UGUCUCCCGGCACCCCGGGAGGAAAAAACAGGGGCACCGGGUGCUCAUCACCCUCUCCUUUGCUCUCUCGGCUUAACGUGGCCCGGGGAGCUCGUCCCUGCCCGGUGCCACACACGCUGGCAGCCGCCUGGCAGCCGCCGGGAGCCGCAGCCCAUGUGUUAGGACUUCAGGUGCUUCUUGGCCCAAAGCUAGACUGCGACCUCCUACCGUAGCGCUUGGCGUCACCUGCUCUCCCGGCCCUGCCCCGGGGCCGAGGGAUUGCGUCCCGAAGCAGGCUUGGGAACCGGCUGCCUCUCAAACGAACCUCUAGCCUUGCUUUGAAAAAGCCAUUUUGUGUAACUUUUGACUGUUGAAUAAAUUGCUAACACACCCGUUGGGAUCAUCACUGGAAAAGUAUGCCACUCGAGAGGUCCUUUGCUUGACCCGGUACUGGGGGUUAGGAAGAGAGGUGUUUUUCUUUUUGUUGUUUUUCCCCUUAUCAUUAUGAGCAUUGGCUCUUCACCCUUGAAGUGAAAAUGUUGAAAGCCGAGGCUUCAGGUGAACGCACCACGCUCAGAAGCGCCUCUCCUCACAGGAAUGCAUACAGAACAGAGUUCCAGGCACUGAAAAGUACUUUUGACAAACCCAAGUCAGAUGGGGAACAGAAAACAAAAGAUGGCGAGGGCCCCCAGCAGAACAGGGGGAGGAAAUAUGGCUCCAAUGUCAACAGAAUUAAAAACCUAUUUAUGCAGAUGGGUAUGGAACCCAAUGAGAAUGCUGCUGUCGUUGCCAAAACGAGGGGAAAAGGUAGACCUUCAUCCCCUCAGAGAAGAAUGAAGCCCAAAGAAUUUGUGGAGAAAACGGAUGGCUCAGUGGUUAAGUUGGAGUCCUCUGUUUCUGAACGAAUUAGUAGGUUUGACACAAUGCACGAUGGCCCUUCAUAUGCUAAGUUCACAGAGACUCGAAAGAUGUUUGAGAGAAGUGUGCCUGAGUCAGGGUACAAUCAUCGCUAUUCCCCAAAGACAGAGAAAGCCGGAGGGACUGAAGCACAGGAUGACUGGGGUGGCUCCAAGUCCAACAGAGGCAGCAGUGAUUCCUUGGACAGCCUGAGCCCCCGGACUGAAGCUGUCUCCCCAACAGUGAGUCAACUGAGUGCAGUAUUUGAGAGCACCGAGUCUCCGGGUGCCAUCAUUUCUGAGAAGGCUGACAGCAGUGACUUCUCAGUGACCGGGCACUACCCUCUGAAUUUACCAUCGGUUACCGUUACCAACCUUGAUACCUUUGGCCACCUCAAGGAUUCGAAUGCAAGGUCUUCAAACAAACAAGCUGUUGAUGCAGAGGAUGCCCAGCAGAGCAGCGCAGCUCCACAAGUGGCUCAGAAAGGUGCCUCUCUAGCUUCGUUGCCUAGUGAAGAGCUCCAGCCGAGCAAGGAAGCCGAGGACUUCCCAUCUCACCAAGAGACUCUGGGCAGCACUGACAAAGAUAUUCCUGAAGAACCCUCUGCUGAAAACCAGGCAAUGCCAAAGUCUGAUAUACUCUCACCACAGAAAGAAGCUUUAGAAGACGCUGAAGCUAAUGUGGUCGGCAGUGAGACAGCAGGGCAGCAGAAGAAAGACCUUACAGGUGGUGAUGUAACCUCUCCUGAUGCUUCUGCAUCCAGCUGUGGCAGAGAAGUACCCGAAGACUCAAAUAGUUACGAGGGUUCCCAUGUGUACAUGCACAGUGACUAUAACGUGUACAGGGUGAGAUCCAGGUAUAACUCCGACUGGGGGGAGACAGGCACUGAGCAGGACGAAGAGGACGACAGUGACGAGAACAAUUACUAUCAGCCCGAUAUGGAGUACUCCGAGAUAGUUGGGUUGCCAGAGGAAGAAGAAAUCCCAGCAAACAGGAAAAUUAAGUUUAGUUGUGCUCCGAUUAAGGUUUUCAACACAUACUCCAACGAAGACUAUGACAGGAGAAAUGAUGAAGUUGACCCUGUGGCUGCAUCUGCUGAGUAUGAACUUGAAAAGCGAGUAGAAAAACUGGAACUUUUCCCGGUGGAGCUGGAGAAAGAUGAGGAUGGGCUUGGCAUAAGCAUUAUUGGAAUGGGCGUUGGCGCCGAUGCAGGCCUGGAGAAGCUGGGGAUAUUUGUCAAGACAGUGACAGAUGGUGGCGCUGCUCAGCGGGAUGGCAGGAUCCAAGUCAAUGACCAGAUUGUGGAAGUGGAUGGAAUCAGCUUGGUGGGGGUCACACAGAAUUUUGCAGCAACUGUUCUGCGAAAUACCAAGGGCAAUGUCAGGUUCGUUAUUGGGCGAGAAAAACCAGGCCAAGUGAGUGAGGUUGCCCAGUUGAUAAGCCAGACCCUGGAACAGGAGAGGCGCCAGAGGGAGCUGCUCGAGCGCCACUAUGCCCAGUACGAUGCUGAUGAUGAUGAGAACACUGUGGCUGAAUUGCAAGGAAUGUCUGGCAACUGCAAUAACAAUAACAACCGUUUCCUUAAGACUGGAGAAUAUGCCACUGAUGAAGAAGAGGAUGAAGUUGGGCCCAUUCUUCCUGGUGGUGACAUGGCCAUUGAAGUCUUUGAGCUCCCUGAGAAUGAGGACAUGUUUUCCCCAUCUGAUCUGGACACAAGCAAGCUCAGUCAUAAGUUCAAAGAGUUGCAAAUCAAACAUGCAGUUACAGAAGCAGAGAUUCAAAAAUUGAAGACCAAGCUGCAAGCAGCAGAAAAUGAGAAAGUAAGGUGGGAACUAGAAAAAACCCAACUUCAACAGAAUAUUGAGGAGAAUAAAGAAAGAAUGCUGAAGCUGGAGAGCUACUGGAUCGAGGCACAGACAUUGUGUCACACCGUGAAUGAGCAUCUCAAAGAGACUCAAAGCCAGUACCAGGCCUUGGAAAAGAAAUACAACAAAGCAAAGAAGUUGAUCAAGGACUUUCAACAAAAAGAGCUCGAUUUCAUCAAGAGACAGGAAGUGGAAAGGAAGAAGCUGGAGGAGGUGGAGAAGGCUCAUCUGGUGGAGGUCCAAGGCUUGCAAGUCCGGAUUAGAGAUCUGGAGGCUGAGGUGUUCAGACUACUGAAGCAAAAUGGGACUCAAGUUAACAACAACAACAACAUCUUUGAGAGGAGAACAUCUCCUGGAGACGUCUCAAAAGGAGACACUAUGGAGAAUAUGGAAGUCAGGCAAACGUCCUGUCAGGACGGCUUGAAUCAAGACUUGAAUGAAGCGGUCCCAGAGACAGAGCGCCUGGAUUCGAAAGCACUGAAAACUCGGGCCCAACUCUCUGUGAAGAACAGGCGCCAGAGGCCCACGCGGACACGGCUGUAUGACAGUGUCAGCUCAACUGAUGGGGAGGACAGCCUGGAACGGAAGCCUUCAGACAGUCUCUAUAACCACACACACGUUACCAAACCGCUUCUGCCCGAGGGUUGGAGAGCUUCUUCUCCAGAGUCAGACUCUGGUGUUGCACCCCUCACCCCUGUGGCUAGCCAUGGGGCCUUCUCCUCUCGCCACGAGACUGAGUCUCAAGAAGGGUCACGGAUGCCAGAAAGAGACACGUUCUCCUCCGUCUCGGGAGACACUUCACCCUCCUCACCUUCAAAAUCUGAUCACAAUACAGAAGACUCUCCUUGCCACCACCAAGCAACCAAGAAAAUAGUACAUGAAAAAGACCAUGUCAUUUGUCCUAAAUCACUACGAACAUCCAGUUCAUUCGUGUUGCAAGGAGGAAAAAUUAAGCAGAAGUUUGUGGAUCUGGGGGCACCUUUGCGAAGGAAUCCCAACAAGGGGAAGAAAUGGAAAGAAAAAGAAAAGGAAGCCAGUAGGUUUUCUACAGGUAGCAGGAUCUUCAGAAGCAAGUUGGAGAACUGGAAAGCCAAGCCUUCCCCUGCGGCUCAGGCCUCCACCCGCUCUCCUUGCAUGCCUUUCUCAUGGUUUAACGAAAGCCGGAAAGGAUCCUAUUCCUUUGGGAACCUGCCUUCAGUUCCGCGUCCCCUUCAGCCUUCUCCUGAGACACUAAUUUCAGAUAAAACAGGGUCCAAGAAUUUCACCUUCAAUGACGACUUCAGUCCAAGUAGUACCAGCUCGGCAGACCUAAGCGGCUUAGGAGCAGAACCCAAAACACCAGGGCUCUCUCAGUCCCUGGCACUGUCCUCGGAUGAGAGCCUGGAUAUGAUAGAUGAUGAGAUCCUCGAUGAGGGACAGUCUCCCAAGCACAGUCAGAGUCUGAACCGGGCCGUUCAUGAAUGGAGUGUGCAGCAGGUUUCUCACUGGUUGAUGAGCCUAAAUCUGGACCAGUAUGUGUCUGAAUUCAGUGCCCAGAACAUCACUGGGGAGCAGCUCCUGCAGCUCGAUGGGAGCAAACUGAAGGCACUUGGAAUGGCGUCAUCCCAGGACCGGGCACUGGUUAAAAAGAAACUGAAGGAAAUGAAGAUGUCUCUAGAGAAGGCUCGAAAGGCCCAGGAGAAAAUGGAAAAGCAGAGAGAAAAGCUGAGGAGGAGGGAACAUGAGCAGAUGCAGAGGAAGUCCAAAAAAGCUGAAAAGAUGACGUCCACAACCGAGAACAACAGUGAGCAGUGAUCCCUGGUCUCCUCUAGUACUGGGGAAGCUUGAGGGAAGUCCCGCCCCUUCCUGGCCCCCUUCUCCCGCAGAGGAUGAAGACAGACUGAUGGGGACAGUGCCACUGUGGGCGGUUUAAAGAACUGUGUGUUGGAUGCACUCUGAGUUUUAACCUCCUAAAGUAACCCCAAGCCACAUUUGGUUUAUUAACAAACCAGAAAUACCAUUUUUAUCUUCUACUUAACCAACAUCCUGUGCUGUGUUGAGCGUAUGGUGCCACUUGGAGAACCAGCCUGACCCAGCCAAUGAGAGCAGGACUCACUCUGGUGUUGUGAGUGGAGCACCCAGAAUUUCCAGUGAGAGGCCCUGAAACUGAGAUCGUAGCCCUGGUGGUUGAUGUGCAGAGAUGAGGAAGCUGCCCUGCUCCUGGGUUCAGAUUCUAGUACGGUGUGUAGGAAAGGCUCUCCUCCGUUAUGACUGUACAGCGAGUCAGUCCUGUUGGGAAUGUGGGUGCCCAGCACAUAAUUACCAAAUGGGGGGAGAGCAAGCAUGUUGUUCCAUGUGCUGGGAAUCAAAAAGAGAGAAAAACCGUAGCUCUUUGUUAACUGUAGAAGAAAUGAAGACGCCUUAAGAACAGAGCUGUGGGUGGACCGAGGGGCUUGAGAGGUAACAUUUUCCUCCAUGUAUUGCUGAACAAAGAAGAAAAAGUCGGAGCACAGUGCAGCCCUGGGUGUUGAGAUCUGCAGCUCCGUCUGCCAGCCCUGCCAGCCCAGGGUGUCAACAGCGCUGACAAACACAUACAGCCCGCCCUCCCAACAAACGGGACCGGAAAUUGAGUUUAAGGAAAGAACAUUUUCAGGUUUUCCUCUCCUGGGACACACUCUGGCUGGUCUUCAGCCUGUCUAUGACACAAUCAGGAACUUGUCACAGAUUUUCUACUCAGAAUUUCCCAAGUGGGCUCGGUUAGUGCUUUAACAAAUGUACUUUUAAGAACUUAAAACUAGAAAUACUGGUUGGAGAUUGAGAUUUGAGUAACAGUCAACCAGAGAAAUUUUUUUGAGCACACACAAUUCUUUCUGUGAAGGACAGCUGUCAGUUACAGUUUAGAGACGUUUUGAAUGACUUUUAAGCAGUUCUCUCCGUAUUCUAAAGAUUUCCAGGCUUGUUUGGGACACGGGGUGAACUUUAGCAGUAUAAAAUCUUACGCUUAAGUCCAGUAUUAAGGAUUCCAGUAUUUGACCAACCACAGCUGAGUGCAGGAGGCUGGGGCGGGAGGGGGAGAAACUUGAGACAUUUCAGGGCGUGAGGGUUCUUACUUGUUUGCUUGCUUUACUUUUGCUUCUUUUGCUUAUGUAUCUAACUCUCGUUGCUGCAUUGACUCCCAAACUGACGUCAUCUACCUUACGAUGGACAAAUUUUAAAGUAGAACUAGAGGCCAGAUGAAUUCUUGGGCGCAUAUUUUCCUUCCUUUAAAACUGCACCAGGCCCUUCUGUCCACAGCCCCGUGCAUAUCUCCUCUGGGUGAGCAGGUUUGCAGAGUCUGCGCUGCGGAGUUACUACAGACGCCUGUGGGGAUGGGGGUCCGCUCCGCUGCCGGGGUGGCCUUGCCUUGUAGUGUGACAUUGUGACUUUUCAUUUUUAUUGUUAUUUUUGAAACAUAGGAAUUCUGAAAUUAUCUGUACUAGAAACUUCCUCCUGUUCUUUCUCCCAGGGCCUGCUUCCUUUUCUGGCCCAGAGCACUUGUGCUAAGUUCCGGUCCUUCGGAAAAAGAUACACUUCAGUCUUAAACAUGACAGGAGAGUAGCAUAGUGCUCAGCAGUCACCAGACCCCUUUCCUGGUUCUUGCUUGCGGUCAAGUACUGGGUACCUGUGUAUGUCUUCAGAUGUCUGAUGCUUUGCCACUUACUAAUAUUUUGAAAAACCAAGAGACACAUUACUGAACUAAAAAUUCAGCAAACCUUUCCUAAUACCAGAAGACUAACAAAUAUCAGGCAAUACUAAUGCUUGCUAUUGUAAAUUUUAGCCAUUUUUCUUUUCUUGGGGGGUGGGGUGCGAACCUGGAUUGCACUGGAAGCUUCUUUGUGUUCAUUUAUGAGAGUGAAAACAGAAGGAUGAUCAUUUUAAGUUGUGUUUACACUUUGAUGAUAUUUGAAAUUGAAUGUAUAUAUUGGAAAUGUCUAUAGUUCGUCUCUGCCUGUAACUUAAGAUCUCUUAGACUGCAUUUCUUAAAUACAGUGUUCUUACUGCAACUUAAUUAAGACUUCAGUGCCCGGGUCAGUGUUAUCUCACAGUUACAGAUCAAGUUCAUUCUCUUUGCAUCAUUUAGUUUGUAUUUCAACCAUUUUGAUCUUUAAGUUAAAUCAUCACAAUCUUAGACCUAAAUGAAUUCUUUUAACAUUGCUACUUAAAACUGGCAAAAAUGUAAAAGGCUUUUGAUUGUAUUGCUGAGCAAAGGACAUAAGCUGGUCGACCCAGUCUGAAAACAAAGCGAAGGACCUCAGACCUUGUGAGCAAUUUGUUUUCCUGUUAGUCCCCUAUUGACUGUGCUGCAUGGUGAUAACCAAGUUUCCAAUGUCUUGCACAAUUCCUGCUUUAAUGCUGUAGUUUUCAGGGUUUAUACAAUUUAACAGAGAAUUGUCGCUUUGUGGACAUUCAACAUUUUUUGGAAGGUUUUCAGAUUUUCAACAAAUGAACAAAAAAGGGAAUAUCUGAUUACUAUGAACUAUAUUCCAGUGAAGUAUUCACUAGGAUGCUACCAAUCACCAAGAGUGUUUUGGGGUACAGGUGAUGUUUGGGCAUGGGGGUACAUGGUGAGGCCCUGCCCUAGGUAGAGAGCACUAUAGGAAUAGAAUCUGGGGCAGGGUUCCACUAAAGAACUUUGUAAUGGAUUGCUGCACUUAAGACCAUCUCCUUAAAGUGACUCACACUUAUGUAAUCAUUUUUCCUUCCUCUCUGGAAUGCGAAGAGUCCUGUUAGCGUGGAAACCACGCUUCAUCCACUUUAGUGCUCUGACGAAGCCCGCAUUUAGUACCGUGACAGCAAAACUCUUCUCCAGUCAUCUUUCAUCCGUUAGCUGAGACUGACAUGGACCCCCUAAUGUAGACUUUUAAAAUAUCACAGCAGUUUAUGAUUACAGUGUGACAGGAGCCAAUGCCAAACCCAGCUUCCAACAGGCACGAAAUGUGUUCCUUUAUUUUAGGAGAUGAAGGGGCUGAGGAGAAGUGAGGACUCGUGCCACUGUCCGUGCCAGACAGUAUUUACCCAGGAUCUUAGAAUACCUCAGGCCUAAGCUGCAAGAAUGUCCACAGGUCAGACUGGGUUGUCCUGAAGAUGAAGAAGUCUCAUCUAGGGUCUUUGUCCAAUAGGAUUAACUUGUGCCUGAAAAUUAUGUAAAAAGUAAACAAUUUGCAUUUAUACAGUUAUUCUAAGUCAUUUAUAAACAUGAAAGGUUGGAUAAAUUUGAGGAGGACCAUCAACACUUAACAAGGGUGUUUAAGAUAAUUCUGGAGGAGGGAGGGCAAAUGAUUCUAAAAGAAACUUCUGUACAUGGGAUGCAUAUUUCCCCUUCAUGCACUGAGAUAUUUAAGAGUUACCUAAUCCACUCGAGUAACUAAAGGCUCUUCCCAUAGAGCUGGCGAUCAGGAGCAUGUGGCUUUAGGGGACAGGCAUCCGCAGGGGCAUGCCACUUGCUGCCACAGAGACCCUGCCUGAGUGAAAAGGUAGUUAGGAGACGACAGAACUAGCUUUCGUGUGUUUUCUUACUUCCAUUGAGUCGGGGCUCGACCUGUGUCCAGUUCCAAAGGUGAGAUUGUGGAGGUGAAGUCCAAGAUUAAAGCAUCUUUACUUUCUUCCAAAGUUGUCCUCACUGUGAUAGGACAAAGAAGGGGAUAGACUCCAAAGGAAACAGCGGUUCAGGAAGUCUGUUUGACCGAUUCGGUCCUGAAAGUCAGACUGAGUGUGCUGGCUGACUUUGUUCGCAUUUGUCUUGAGUAUUUAAGGCCCCAUGGAAUUUAAUCUUGAUCCAAAACAUUGGAGGAAAAAUAACACCAUAGAAAACACAUUGUAACAACUUGGAGAGUAGCAUUGAAGAAACUGGAUUGAGCAGUUAGAGGUCAAAGGGGAAACCUACACAAUAAGCCUCCCCCUGCUAAGUGACACCAGUUCCAUUCACGGGAGGCCUGCGGUCCUCACCUGUUUGUGCAAGGAUGUCUGUGUGGAAUUGUAAGAGCAUGUUUGUUACUCAAGACUCAAAUCUAUAAGCACCUGGACCUGUUUCUGUAUCCUCAGAGCAGGGGGCAAAAGAAGCUCCAUGCUUCCCAGCCCUUGACCCCACCCACGCCCCAGACCAUUAGGGAUCCAGCGAUGUGCAAGUCGCAGGAGUACAAGAGUACGAGAGCGAGCCACAAAUUCUCACUCAUGUGCAUGCCACUCGUGUGGGUGUCAGAACUGUGUGUGACUGUGUCCCCUACCUUACACACAUAUAUAUCAUAAGCACGUGGCAUAAAAAUAUACUAUACAUGGACUACAGUGAUGUUAGUUAGGACCCUGGGCUGUAAUCAUAGCCUUAUUGCCUCUUUUUGUGUUGUGUAUACAUUGAAUGGCUCAUAGAUUUUAAGAGAUUUUUUUUUAAUGUAAGUAUCCUACUAAAUGCACUUACGCUUAUAAAUGUUUAUAUAUUUUGGUAAAACUGAUUUAUUAGAUCUUUGGUAUUGUAUUUUAGUAAGAAAUUUUCCUCAAAGGUUUGAUUAAUGCUUUGAUGUCAAGAUUGCACUUUUUUUAGUUAGAAAUCAGAAGAUAUUAUGCAGCUUUGGGCAUUUUCAACUGCAGAUGGCAGUUUUCUAGACUAAAAAUUGCACUGUGUGUUCUUGUGUAUCAGCUCUCACUCUAAAAUGAGAUCUUCAGUAGCUUAUGUCACUAACUACUGGCUCUCUGGUGGCAGUAUUUCUGUCAUGUGACCACUAUUUACUUCCUAGGCCAUCAGCUUGCAAUGGCAUUUUGGUUGCUACCAAAAAUAACACAAUGGGUUAUGAGUCUAUGUUGUUGGAAGAUGUGUGCGUCCAUUUCCUUCAGCUGUUUUAUGCAUACACACAAGUAUCAUGUUAAGGAUUUAAGCAUUCAUUCAUGAAAGAACAAUUGGCCAGAAAUACCUUAAAUUACCUUUAAAAAAAAAAAGCAGCUAGAUAACACCUCCCAAGUGAUUCUCAAGCUAGAUAACACCUCCCAGCAACAUCAGGUUCAAUCAGUGAUUAAUAAAAUCUCUAAACAUACAUGCGUAUACACUCCUCGGUAUUACUUAAUGUCAUAACUACUGCUUCUGUAUUUUUUUCAAUGAUAUUUUGAUGAAGCCACUUGUACAUCUGCUAUAUAUCAUUGACAAGACUGGGCAGCUGAAAAGCAGAAAGAGAAUAAAAUUCUGUUCUACUGUAAGAUUUGAUUCGUUUUUAUCUUUCUUUGUAUAUUGCUAAAGGGAAAGUGGUCUGAAAAGCAUUUGAGUCUGAUAUGUAUGGGUAGCAUAUUAACUGAAACUCUUAAUUUAUUCAUUUUGCUGUCUGAUUAUUUGCAUGGAAGAGACAAUAGUGCCACAUCUGAUCUGUUCUUUGGUGCUUGAUUAGUGUGUGCUGUUUCAUAUGGCAUUCCUUAUCUUUGGUUUUCAGAGGCUUCAAAGCAAACCAUACCAUAAGCGGCCCAUUGUUUUCUGACCAUCUAAAAAUACCUGUGAUGAAAUUUAAUUUGUUAGUGUAAAUAAAUUUCUUGCCAAUGAGUAUUAUUGUUGUUAGAUAAUGAAUGCAAUAAAAGGAAAUACAGUGA